CCCAGAAGCAAGCCUUAUCACAAGGUUCUUUGGAGCAGAUUGUGUGACUCUCCCAUACACUCCAUGGCUACAUGGGGAAUCAAACCUUUGCCUCCAGUGUCAUAGUCCAAAUAAAACAUCACACUACAUUAUUUUAUACUACACAUGCAAAUGUGAGGAGAUCAAUAGGUACUGCUUCAAUGGGAAGGUAAUGGCACUUUUUGUUCCUUGUGUGCAUUGCAAUUGUCUUCUGACCAUGCAAUGACCAAAAGUUCCCUUCAGAGCCCACUUUGAAAGCCCUAUAUUAUGGCCAUUUUGAGUUAUUGUUGAGUGAAGGGAUCAGUAAUAUCACAUCCUACUAUUUUUCCUUUGGCAGGAUAUGCCACAUAGACAUUGCCUGUAUGGACACCUCAAGGAGGUGUCUGCUUAUGCCCACCAUGGUGUCUCCAGGUAUAGGAAAAUAGCAGGAUGCAUCAACUCAUGGCUUACAAGGUGGGUUAGAGUGGGCAACCUCGACAAAAGUAUCUACAGAGACUUAGCAAUGUACGACACAUACAUCACAAGCCUGGGGGCCGGGCUGUGGCGCAGGCUGGUGAGCAGCCUGCUGCAAUAAAUCACUCUGACCAUGAGGUCAUGAGUUUGAGGCCAGCCUGUGGCGAGGUGAGCACCCGUCAAUUAAAAAAUAAAAAAAUAGCCCCUGCUUGUUGCUGACCUAGCAAUCCGAAAGAUAGUUGCAUCUAUCAAGUAGGAAAUAAGGUACCACUUAUAAAGUGGGGAGGCAAAUUUAACUAAUUUACGACGUUGCAAUGAGGAAAUGCUGUCACAGUUGAUGAUGAAGCAGCUGCUCCUCCCUGUGACCAGAAUCGAACAUCCCCUCAGGAGAAGGUUAAAUUACCUCUGUGUCUGUCUCUGUCUCGGUUCUAUGCGUAUAUGGGCAUUGAAUGUUUGCCCUAUGUGUAUAUAAUGUGAUCCGCUCUGAGUCCCCUUUGGGGUGAGAAGGAGGGAAUAUAAAUACUGUAAAUGAUUAAAUAAAUAAAUAUAUUUGCAUCCCAACUACUUGCUAAUACCAUUUCUGUUAGUGCAUUACUACUUUCUUACCACUGUUUACUCAAUGCCUUACAAAGUUACAGUCACUUCCUCUUGGAGCUCAAUGGAAGAGAGCAAAAGAGGGGGUGUUUCCUAAUGCUGUUGUGAGAGUGCGAGAAGCAGCAGCCCACAAACCAAACCACUUCCACUCAACCAACUCCUCAAGGGGUGGUGCAAAACUAGGAACGGGAUAAGUCUCAGGGUGCAGAAGGUUGGAGAACUAAGCACCAGGCAGACUAUUUUGGAAGACCAGAAAGUUCCUCUGUCACCAAGCAACAUUCAAUUGGACCAUGAAUAUUUCUAAUAAUACAGCCCAGAAUAAAACCAGUUUGAUGGGUCCUCUCCCAGGAGCAACCGUCGGCCAGGUUGUCCUCUCACUCGCCUUCAUCCUGGGUCUCCCUGGCAACACCUUCGUUGUGUGGAGUGCAGGUUGCCUUGUCCACAAGCGCACCGUCACCUGCCUUCUCAUCCUCCACUUGGCCAUAGCUGACUUGAUUGUACUCCUCACGGCACCUAUCUUCCUGCGUUUUCUAAGUGUUGGCCAAUGGGAAAUGGGUGAAGUCAUCUGCCAGGCUUGCUAUUACAUCUGCGGAGUUAGCAUGUACGCCAGUGUUUCCCUCAUUGCUCUCAUGAGCCUUGACCGCUGCUUGGCUAUCUCCUGGCCAUUUGUCUCCCAGAAGAUCCGCACAAGAAGUACCAUACGCAUUUUGGUUUUUGCUAUCUGGGUGGCUGGCUUUUUCUUGGCCAUCCCUGUGCUCAUCUACCGAAGGGAGAAAAUUAUAGGUGGACGGCUCUACUGUCAACUCAGCUACCCUCCACCUGGAUCCAAGCGCUUGGUUUUCCACAAUCUCUUUGAAACCAUCACUGGGUUUGUUCUGCCUUUCAUUGCCAUAAUCUACAGCUACGGGACCAUAAGCCGACGGCUGAAGGAGACACGGUUCCGCCGGAAGCGACGGACAAACCACCUCAUCAGUCUCAUUGUGAUAGCUUUUGCUCUUUUUUGGCUCCCGUACCAUGUGGUUAACCUUUUGGAUGUGGUGGGUAUAUGGAGCAAUUCCGAGGUGGUGAAAAAAGCAGGAAUGAUAGGUAGACCUACAUUGAUUGCCUUAGCCUUCUUUAGCAGUAGCGUCAACCCCAUCCUUUAUGCUUUCAGCGGUGGCUCCUUUAUCCGGUCAGCUGGCUUUGGCUUCAUGGCCAAGCUCUUUGAAGGGACAGCCUCAGAAAUGUCCAGCAGCAGGCAUGGCACCAUGCAAGGAAAUCAACACAUUGGAAAUUCUAAGAUCAAACACUUAAAUCAGGAGAAUCCUGAAUUUCUGACUAUGUCUACUAACCCAACAACUGGUGGAUCAUGUCAAGAAGGUGGGGAUGCUUCCAAGCCCCUCCAGUCACCUUACAAACCCACUGAAGAGCAAUGUGAGCUUUGAACUCUCACAAUGGUUUCUGUAUGGUGAAAUGCUAGCUCUCUCUCGCCAUAUAUCCUCUUUACAUCAAUAUUAUGUGAGAAAGGCCAGUUCCGUUUUCUCAACAAGCCCUGAAGUACCAUUUCAUUCAAAAGAAAGGGUUCCUUCCAAUAAAGAAGAGUUCGCUGAGCAUGAACAGUAGCUUCCACUGCCAAGUGUUCAAAUCUUAGAGCAGCAAUUCUGUGUCAUAUUUUCUAAACCAAAGCUUGCAAACUAGUCCAUGAACAUUGGUGGUUCAGUCCUAGAAUUCUAGCCUGAGACAUGAGAGGCUUGGAUUCAAUUCCUCAUCAAUGCAACCGUGUGUGUGUGUGUGUGUGUGUGUGUGUGUGUAUUGUGUGCAUAUGGGAGAGUUGGACUGGACUGGGCCUUAUGGUAUCUUCCAACUCUAUGAUUCUAUGAUUUUAAAUUGAUCUUUUGGAACUACAGUUGCAGGAUCAGGUUACCAUGCUUUUUGAGGAUUUUGAAGUGAUAGUCACCCGUUCUAUUAUUUCCCUUCAUUCCUUUCUAAAAUUCACCCACAAGCUCUGACUUAACUGGAGUGUUUAGAUAUCUUUUGCUGUUUCAUUUUAGUUUUUAAACACCACUUUGGGCCCCAAUCCUGGGAGAAAAGUGUUAAAAAGAAAUAAUAAUCUCUUAUUCUAGAAGAAAACAAACUGUAUUUUUGGAUAAGGCAAAGAGAAGAUAAGAGCAUCCACCUACCAUCCACCCUCACACACCUUCAUUUCCUUUCAGCUCUUUCCUUUUUAUUCAUUUUUUGGAUCUGUUUUAUUCUCCAGAAGUUUUUAAUAUUAAUGGCUAUUGAUAACAUACACAGUUAUAAAAAGAAGCCUGGAAGGUUAUCUGGAGGAGAGAAGUUAGUGAGCAUUUGUGGGAGACAGUAAAGACUGACAAAGAAAAAAUGUGUUAUCUCCAUUCUCUUCCAUCCCUUCUCAUUUCAACGUACUUUGCUCAAAAGAUACAUAUAGAGAUGACUUCACCACUAGGUAAUGUGAGAUAGUCACUUUAGGCUGCAGGUAUUUGAAGGUGGAAUCAAGGUAUUUGGGAAGAAAGUUGUGUGAAGGUUUCGCUGUUGGUACAGUUGGCUUCAGAAAGAGGAUAUCAUUUUGUUCCUUAGCCAACAAAGUGCCUUGGGUUUGCCCAAAGUGUUUAGCAAUGGGAAAAGGAUAAUUGGAACCUUAGAUCCAAAUUCAGCUAUUGGCCUUACCUGAGUAAAACUUACUGAUUCAAUGCUGAUGUAAAUUUCAUUGCUUUGGUGGGUCUGCUCCAGUUGAGAGCAACCAUUGGAAUCUUCAGAAAUCCAUUCUAUCAAACUUAGAUGAUAAAAAUAAUCUAGAGUGCUUUUUAUCAAUGUUAUUUACUUUGUAUUUUAAUAGAAAAAUAAAUACAUUAUUUACAUGUCACCAAUAAUAAAAACAUGCAUGUUACAA